GCAGCAUCGACGUAUCCGUUCCUGAUGCCACGGCAUUGCCAGAGGUCGUUUAUCUCAUUGGACCACCUGAGGAGCAAGUGCAGAAUCUUCUUCCUUCUAGCCGCCAUAUCACAGAGCAUGUGUACGCAGUUGCGACUGGUAGUGGAGUCUCGCCUAUCCUUGCCAUGGCCAAAGAACAAAACUACACGGAUAAAAAGAAACUCGAAUUUCUUUUCCUUGCUCAUCGUGACGCGAGCACAUCCCUCGGGGAGGCAGAGUUGGAGCUGUUGAAGAGGAAAUUUCAUAUCUUCAUUCUGAGUAACAGCAUUGAUUCGGAAUCCACGUCGUCCACCAGGAUGGGAACAAGGGUUCAAGGUCAGGGAGAAGGAGGCCGUCUGCGUACGUUGCAAGUGUGGGUGAACGGCAAGAAUCUUGCUCAUUUUCUGGUUCGACGUGCUACUAACCUGUCCGACCUCUUGCGUCCUCU